UUUCUCACCUUUGGCAUGAAUUCGGUCCGCACCAGGUUCCAGCGCACACAAACAUCAUAACUAUUUCUGUUUCUGUUUCUGUUUUGUAUACUAUCCGCGCGAUUUAAAGGAACAUUUACGAGCAAUAAGAAUCAGUUUUCUGGUUUACCUGAAGAGUUGCAGUGACAGAGAGAAAUGGCCGGGCUUCUGACGGCGCACGAUCGCCGCGUUCUAAUGGCGGUGAAUGCCGGAGCAUCGAGCUUCUCGUUCGUGGGGUCGGGUUUCAUUGUGCUCUGCUACGUCCUCUUCAAGGAGCUCCGCAAGUUCUCCUUCAAGCUUGUUUUCUACCUCGCCCUCUCCGACAUGCUUUGCAGUUUUUUCAGCAUGGUUGGAGAUCCAUCCAAAGCAUUUUUCUGUUAUGCUCAGGGCUAUAGCACACAUUUCUUCUCUGUGGCUUCUUUCCUUUGGACUACAACAAUAGCUUUUACUCUUCACCGUACUGUUGUUAGACACAAAACAGAUGUUGAAGAUUUGGAGGCCAUGUUUCACUUGUACGUUUGGGGAACUUCACUGGUUAUGACUGUCAUACGCUCUUUUGGUAAUAACCAUGGACAUUUAGGCGCAUAUUGUUGGACACAAACAGGGCGCACAGGAAAGGCUAUUCACUUUAUAACAUUUUAUGUGCCACUCUGGGGUGCAAUUCUUUAUAAUGGCUUUACGUACUUUCAAGUGAUACGCAUGCUAAACAAUGCAACCCGUAUGGCGGUAGGCAUGUCAGACCGGGCAUACCAGUUAGAUGCAAGAGCAGACAUGAAGGCUGUAAACAGGUGGGGAUACUAUCCACUCAUUCUAAUAGGAGCAUGGGCUUUUGGUACAAUCGACCGCAUUCAUGAUUUUAUUGAGCCUGGCCAUAAAAUCUUUUGGCUCUCAGUUCUUGAUGUUGGGACAGCUUCACUUAUGGGACUGUUUAACUCAAUAGCUUACGGCCUGAACUCUUCAGUGCGACGUGCAAUUUAUGAGCGCUUGGAACUGUUCUGGCCAGAGAAGCUUCGAAAAUGGUUCCCGAACAAUACAAAGUACAGAAAUCAACAGCAAGAGAGUGAACUAGUCUCAUUGAAAAUUCAAGAUCAGCAAUAGCUAAUCGUAUGUUUUCUAUACCUUUGUCAGAAAGAGCUUCAAUUUUAUUUAUUUUUCAUUAAAUUUGGAAGAGAGGAUAAAAUGACGAGACGAAAAGGAGCACAGCUCCCAGCAUCCAUGCCAAGUCUAUUGGAUCACUUGCAGCAACGCUAAUGACUAAUGUGAUACAUGCCCCUUGUGAGGAUGAUUUGAAAAACUUCUGAUGGAUAUUAUUGAUAGAUGAGCCAAGUUAGGUAGAAUUUCUAAUAGGAGUUGUGUGAGUGAGUUCAUAGCAUGUUCUUCAGUACUUGUAUAAUAUGCUCACCCUAGGUGAAAAUUUUCACGUACUGUUGUUGAUUAGGAGUUUUCUGUUUGUCCUCUCUACUGUAGGAAAUUAUAAGCGCUUCUGUAAAUGAUUUUUUGUUUUAUUUUUUCCUAACCAAAUAAGGUGAGGGGUAAAGUCCACAGUUGGCAACCUUAUGCAGCAGUUCCUACUUCCUACCCAUGUUCUGCUGCAAGUAGGUUUAUAUUUCGUCCUCCAGUUUAUCGUAAGAAUAUAGUUAUUAUUUGCAUUA